AGCCCAAUUAAAAACCAGUCAUAUUUAGGGUUUCAUCCGACUGCAUAGCAAAACCUGUUGGCACUAUUUCCUUUGCCCAAUCUCCGCUCAAUCUCUCUAUCGGUAGGAGGAAUUCCGUUCGAGUAUAGUCUGUUGGAUUGUCGAAUAAAUUCGGAUUCAGAAUUAGAUUCAUUCAUGGAUCCUCCACCACCUGAACCGGUCAGCUAUAUUUGUGGUGAUUGUGGAAUGGAGAAUACUCUGAAACCAGGAGAUGUGAUACAGUGUCGUGAGUGUGGCUACCGUAUCUUGUACAAGAAACGCACCCGUCGCAUUGUCCAAUAUGAGGCACGCUGAAAAAAGAUGAGAUGCGGUUGAACUACAAACUCUCUAUGCAUAGGAAAUGUUAGACUUCUUUCAUUUUCAGUAGUUGUUAAAAGUCAUGAUGUUUAUGGGUAAUGUAAUUAAUGUGACUUGUUUAGACCAGAACAGUGAAAUUGAGUGAUGGCACAAUUUUCAUUUUUUUGGGUGGAGAAAUUUAUAAAUAUUUUGAAAUUGAAUUUUGAAAAUUA